AUGUCCGCCGAUAACGACGGCCCUCCGCCGCAGCCGGUCGUCCCUCGGUCCCCCAAGCGCUCGCAAGAUGUGCUGGAGGAGCUGAUUGAGCAUGCGAACAAGAGGUCGAGGACUGUGAGCCCCCACGAGAACCAACAAGAGACGGAGGGGGCCGCGGCGAAGAGCGGGGAGAAAGAUGCGCCGGCUGCCAACGGAACGACGAGCAAGGACGCGACAGGCGAGGCCGUUGACGAGGGCAGAAAACAAGAGGUGUCACAAAAUCUUGCCAAAGAGCCUGCGCCAACAACAGCACCGCAAACCCAAGAACCCGAAGCAGUACCCGAGCCAAAGGCGGCGUCCAAGACUAAGAUGUGUGGCAUUUGCGACGAGAAGGAAGGCAAAUACAAGUGCACACGUUGUCCUUUGCCAUUUAAGAUCCACCGCGAGAACCACCCGCCAGAUCCCGAACCCGUUCCCAAACCGCCCGUCGAGGCCCCUAAGCAGCCAGGGGCAAAAAAAGCCUUCGAUCCAAAGAACCCCUUCAGCGUCCUCGACGACUCGCCCCAGCUGCGCUACCUUUUCAAGCGCUACCCGAGUCUAAAAUCGCGCCUGCUGGGUAUCCUCGCCGCCACAGAACCGCCGCUGGAGUUGCAGGGAACCGGAAACAGCUUAAAUGACACGAUGAAGGCGAGGGCCUUGGCGGCCGCGAAUCCCAAGAAGGAACAGUGGUCGCAUGAUGUGGGUAUCCGCAACGGCAAGGAGGCAUUGCGGAAGGCGAGGACCGCGGCGGGGGAGGACGGCGAGGGAGUGCGGGAGUACAUUGAGCUCAUCAACCAUCUAAUCCUCAAGGGCGAGGACGCCGCUGCUGAGGAGGCGAUCCGGAAGAGUGCAGCGGAGAAGGAUACGGAUCUCAUUAGGAAGCUCUUGGAGGAGGGUAGGUAA